AUUAUCAAGUAACUCUCUUUAUUUUCCAGUCUUGUAUUAUUCAAUGAAACUAAGACUUAACCAAAGAUCAAGUUUACCUGAGCAACAGUUUAGUUUGGUUUGUGUCAUCCUUCAGUGUUUUGUGAUUCCUUCAACUUUAACAAUCCUUUUUAUUGUCUUAACUUGCACUUGAUCAACCAUCAAAGUCAACAUUUAAUUUGAUUGUGUAUUUGACCGAUUAAACGGACUUUACAAACUCUAUUAAAGGCAGUUUCAUCAACUAGCCUCUAAUCAACGUAAAAAAAGUCACUAUUGGUUAUACAACAUUGCUCCAAGUACAUUUUUUUUGUUAUCCUGUUGAUUGGUGUUUAAAAUGGUUGCUAAUGUAAAUUUUAACCGUUUUGGUUUCCUUUCUUUUCUGCUUCCUUCCAUCUUCAACCAGAUUAAUCAUGCCAAUUCAGACGUCAUUUACUGGUAUUAAUCCAAACUUUCGAUUGAUUAAGAAUUUAUUUGUGUUCACUGUUAUCUUAUUACCUGUUACUUUGUGUCAUUCAAUCAGACCAAUCUGGUUAAAUCCACCUCCUCCUCCUCCACCAUCGCCAUCAUCUUCAUCAAACUCUUUCCCAGCCGAUUCAAUAAAUUCUGUGGAUUCUUUGAAUGAUUAUAUACAAACUUCAAGAUUAUUGGAUGCAAUUGCAGCUAAUGAUUUAUCCUCAAUAGAUAGUGAUUUUGAGCCAUCGUUAGAUGUCGAUGUUAAUAGAAACAAUUUGGAUGGUAAUGUUAACCCAUUUUCAAAAGAUUUUGCUCCUCAAAAUUCAAAUUUACAUAUUAAAACAUCAUCUUCCCCGACUUCAUCAAUUUUCAACUUAAACAAAGAACAGAAUCUGUAUAACAUUGACAGCAACAGCAGUAAUAACAGUGGUACAUCAUCAUUAUUAUCAUGGAUUGAACCAGAGCUGAUUACAACGGCAGCCGAUGAUAAGAGUGACAAAAAGAUGUUGAAAAGAGGAAACGAGGAAAGAUCAGUGUCGCGGAUUAAAAAAGCAUUGAGUUUAUUUGCCCAUUGGAAGCCAACGUAUAAACAACAUCUAGACGACGCUUACUCUUCGGAAUUGGUCAGUGCAGUCUCUCGUGGUCAUGGACGGACAGCGGGUCAAGCACUUCGUUGGGGAUAAGAUGAAAGACAUUGACUGAAAAUGGACUGACCAAUUUAACAUUUUCGUUCAAUUCUUCCUAUUUGUCCCAUUAUGUCUUCAUCUGCUUCUCUAUCCAUCAAGGAAAGGAUGCUAAUUAGACUUGCUGAUUUGGUCAACUGAGAACAUCAAAUUAACAUCAUCAUCACCAUAUUGAAUUAUAACAAUGAUACUUUUCAAUGGAAUAGCUGAUGUUAUGAUCCCAUGUUCUACAGUUGCUUCAUUAGCCUUUUCAUCUUUUUUUCCAUUUCUAUCAACAUUAUCAUCCUAAUCCUCAUCUUCAUCAUUAUCAUGUUUAUCGUCAUAGUCAUCAUCAUCAUGUUCGGAGUUGACUGUUUUUUACACAAAAAAUCAUGUUACUUCAUCAUAUAAUAUAUGAAAAUACAUUAUAAUAAUGACAAUAAUAAUAAUGACUUUUUCGUUGCAUCAUUUAUUUCCGAA